UGACGCACUUCCUGCCGAAAUCGAAAGCGUUUCAAACACGUCUGCCUGGGUUCUGCUGCUUUUUGCGCACAAGAGCGGCUUCAGGUCCUUCAAAGGGUACCUCUAUGAUGGGCAUCGGAAUCAGCAGGCUGGGGGGAGGCGUUCGCGGCAUUGAGAGCUGACAAGUUGGGCAGGCUUGACAAAACCGCUUCACUUCGGCCUCCAGGCCGGGCCAGUGCAAAUGGUCGCGGAUUGGCUGGCAGGUGUUAUUCACUCCAAGAUGUCCUACCUUCGCAUGGGCGUGUGCGAGGUCCAGGAUGGCCUCCGUUUUUGAGCGCGGUACCACCAGCAGGCCGUUUUUGAUGACGAAGUGCAGGAAAGGAUGGGGCCCAGGCCACACUUUCUGGUCUUCAGUGACUCGCACUUGCGGCCAAUAGUGCUUUAGCUGAUCAUCCUCCUUUUGAGCCUCCCUUAACCUGUUGAAAUACAUCAUAAAACAUGCCUUAAAAAUACAGAUAUUUUUAUGUUUAAUAUUUUUCAUUGUGUGGUAACUGCUUCGCGUCAUGCCUAACAACCGUGUUCUUCAGCCGUGAUUUUUUCACAAUACUCAUACUUUAUUACUUACUUAGUUACAAUAUACCACUGUUUAGACCCAUAUACAGCCAUUUUAUUAAUCUCUGUAACAUAUUGUUUUUCCAGGUCAGGUCAAAGAUUGUUUUCAUGAAGUAGUCUGUUCAUCUGCAGUAUGUCAGAGGAGCGAGGAAAGAACUUACCAAGUCUCUCACAGAAACAGAGUGUAAGAUCGGGCUCACAAGUGUCCAGCUCUUUGUCUGUGAAGAGUGAUUGGUCAAAAGAUGCUAUGCCACCAUACUUCAGUGAGAAAAAAGCAUCAUCUAUAAAAAGUGUAAGAUCCGGCUCACAAGUGUCCAACUCUGUGUCUGUGAAGAGUGAUUGGUCAAAAGAUGCUAUGCCACCAUACUUCAGUGAGAAAAAAGCAUCAUCUUUAAAAAGAUUUCAAUAUGAGACAUUAGAUUCAGACGUCCAGACUCACAGGAGCUUCAAGAAUUUAACAGAUAAUCUCCAGUGGAUCUUCCUGAUUCUUGAAAACGAAAUAAUUACUUUUUUGAAGAAUGAGCUGGAAAGGUUUAAGAAAAUAUUACAAAAAGAAAACUUACAAGACAAUAUAAAAGAUUUUAAUGAGAAGAGAUGCAUUAACAAAGAAGCAGCUCUUGAUCUCACGCUCUACUUCCUGAGAGAGAUGAAGCAAGAAGAAGUUGCUGAUACUCUAGAAAAUGAGCUGAUCUUCAUUCAUGAUCUAAAGUGUAGCCUAAAGAAGAAGUAUCAAUGUGUGUUGGAGGGAACUGCAAAGCAAGGCGAUUCUACACUUCUGAACAACAUCUACACAGAUCUCUAUAUCACUCAGGGUUGUAGUGAACAGGUCAAUACUGAGCAUGAGGUAAGACAGAUUGAAGUUGCCUCCAGACGUCAUGAAUCACAAGAGAUACAGGUUGAGUAUAAAAAUUUGUUUAACGCACCUGAACGAGACGAGCAGAUCAGAACUGUACUGACAAAAGGAGUCGCUGGCAUCGGAAAAUCAGUCUCUGUACAGAAGUUUGUUCUGGAUUGGGCCGAAGGAAAAGCCAAUCAAGACAUUAGCUUCAUAUUUCCUCUUCCAUUAAGAGAGAUUAACUUAAAGAUGAAAGAAAAACUAAGUUUGAUGGACCUUAUAACUCAGUUUCUCCCAGAGACAAAAGGACUGAAUCUUACGAAAAGAAAUCAAUUCAAAGUCUUGUUCAUUCUUGAUGGAUUGGAUGAAUGUCGACUUCCUGUAAACUUUAAGGAUAAUGAGACGUGGUCUGAUGUUUCAUCACCAGCCUCUCUGGAUGUUCUCUUAACAAACCUCAUCAAGGGAAACCUGCUUCCUUCUGCUCUCAUCUGGAUCACCACCAGACCAGCAGCUGCCAGUAAGAUUCCUCCUGACUGUAUCGAUCGGCUGACAGAGAUACGAGGAUUCAAUGAUGCACAAAAGGAGGAGUACUUCAGAAAAAGAGUGAUGGAUGAAAAUCAGGCCAAAGAAAUCACUGACCAUGUUAAACAAUCAAAGAGUCUCUUUAUCAUGUGCCACAUACCAGUCUUCUGCUGGAUUUCAGCCACUGUUCUGCAGAACAUUUUAGAAGAGAAAAGAAAUAAUGUUGUGAAAAACGAUCACGCUGAUGAGGCCUCCAAAACACUACAGGAGUCAAAUACUGAAGACACUCCUAAGACUCUGACACAAAUGUACACUCACUUUCUCAGAUUUCAGAUGCAGCAGAGCAGAAAAAAGUAUGAUGGAGAACACACACCAGAUGUUUUCUGGGAUAAAGAUGCCAUAUUUUCACUGGGGAAACUGGCAUUUGAUCAGCUGGAAAGAAACAAUGUGAUCUUCUAUGACACAGAUCUGGAAGCCUGUGGUAUUGACGUCUAUAAGGCAUCAGUGUACUCAGGCAUGUGUACCCAGAUCUUUAAGGAGGAAACGGGGAUCGUUCUUGGUACCAUGUACUGCUUCGUUCACUUGAGCAUUCAAGAGUUUAUUGCAUCCCUUUAUGUACAUAUGGUUCUAGACAUAAAGAAGAAAAGUGUGUUUGAUUACUAUGCAGAACAAGAAAACAAAAGUAAUACCUUGCUUGAUUUGCUUAAGACUGCAGUGGACAAGGCACUAGAGAGUGAUAAUGGACACCUGGAUCUUUUUCUUCGAUUCCUUCUUGGUUUGUCACUCCAGUCCAAUCAGAGGCUCUUACAGGGUCUGUUGACACAGGAAAAUAAAAUUGAGCAGAGCAAAAGGCAAAUAGUUGAGUACAUCAAGCAGAAAUUAGAGGAUAAUCUGUCUCCAGAGAGAUCCAUCAAUCUGUUCUACUGUCUGAACGAAAUGAAUGACCAAACUCUGGUGAAAGAGAUUCAGACCCACCUUAGCAAAGGAAGUCUCGCAUCUGCUGACCUUUCACCUGCCCAGUGGUCUGCAUUGGUCUUUGUGUUGUUGACCUCAGAGGAGGACCUGGAGGAGUUUGAGCUUCAGAAAUUCAAGAAAUCAGACGAGUGUCUCAUUAGAUUAUCAGCAGUCAUCAAAACCUCCAAAAGAGCUCUGCUAAAUGAUUGUGGCUUAACAGACAAAAGCUGUUCAGCUUUGGCUGCAGUUCUUGAAUCGGAUUCCAGUCUGAAAGAGCUGAACAUGAACAAUAAUAAUCUGCAGGAUUCAGGAGUGAAGCUGCUCUGCGCUGGACUGAAGAAUUUUAACUGUAAAUUAGAGAUACUGAGGCUGUGUGACUGUGGUCUAACAGAGGAAAGCUGUUCAGCUCUUGCUACAGUCCUGAGAUCAAACUCCAGUCUGAAAGAGCUUGACAUCAGCAACAACAAUCUGCAGGAUUCGGGAGUCAAGAAACUUCAGAAUGCAUUAGAAAAUACAGGAUGCACAUUGAAGAAACUCAGACUCUCAGGCUGCAGUAUCAGUGAAGAAGGUUAUAAGGCUCUGUCUUCAGCUCUGAGAUCAAACCCUUCACACCUGAUAGAGCUGGAUCUCACAGGAAAUGAUCCCGGACAAUCAGGAAUGAAGGAUCUCACUGAUUUACUACAGGAUCCAAACUUUCCACUGAAGACACUGAGGGUUUUGGGUCCUGCUGCAGAUGAAGGCUGUCAGUAUGUGACUGGAAUUCUGAGUAAAAACCCAUUAGUCCUGAGAGAGCUGAAUCUGAGUGGACAUAAAGUAGGAGACACGGGAGUGAAUCAUAUCUCUGCUCUAAUGCAGGAUAAACACUGUACACUCAACACACUGAUGUUAAGCAGCUGUGAAAUGACAGAAGAAGGUUGUUCUGCUCUGACUUCAGCUCUGAAAUCAAACCCAUCACACCUGAGAGAACUGGACCUGAGCAGGAAUAAACUCGGAGACUCUGGAGUGAAACACCUCAGUGAUCUACUGAUGAACACACAAUUCAAGCUGGGAAAGCUAGAUCUGUGUGAUUGCAGUAUUACAGAGAGACAGUGUCUCAUCCUGACUUCAGCUCUGAAAUCAAACCCAUCACACCUGAAAGAACUGAACCUGAGCGAGAAUCAAAUAAAAAACACAGGAGUGAAUUACUUAUGUGACUUACUGAAGGAUUCACACUGUAAACUGGAGAGACUGAGGUUAAGCGGCUGUGAAAUGAAAGAUGAAUGUUGUUCUGCUCUGACUUUAGCUCUGAAAUCAAACCCAUCACACCUAAGAGAACUGAACCUGAGUGGGACUAAACUUAGAGACACUGGUUUGAAACACCUCAGUGAUCUACUGAAGAACAAACAAUUCAAGCUAAAUAAACUAGAUCUGUGUGACUGCAGUAUUACAGAGAAACAGUGUCUCAUCUUGAGUUCAGCUCUGAAAUCAAACCCAUCACACCUGAGAGAACUGAACCUAGGUUGGAAUCAAAUAAAAAACACAGGAGUGGAUCACUUAUGUGACAUACUAAAGGGUUUAAACUGUAAACUGGAGAAAUUAAGUCUUUAUGACUGUGGCAUUACAGAUGUCUCUUCUUUAACUCAGUCUUUAACAAACACAAAAACACUGCAGUAUCUAAAAGAGCUUCAUCUAAGUUAUAAUAAGAUUGGAGACUCAAAGCAGCAGCUCAUUGAUGUGCUACGAGACUCAAAUUGUAAACUGAGUGUAGACAGAUAGAGAUCAUCACCAGAAAAACCUGAUUAAUGAAAAUGCUGAAGUCAUCUUGGAGCAGUAAACAUCAGAUCCACAGAUUUUCACUGCUGUGUCUAUGAGGAGAAAUAAAUGUGUAAAAGAAACUCAGACUUUGUAAUGAAAUAAUGUAGCAUAUAUGUUAGAAUUUAAAUAGUCUGGCUCUUCAGUUUAACAAUAUUUGCAUUAAACUCAUUCAUAAUGAUUCAAAUGUUUAAAUGUGAUUGUCAAGUGCAGCACUUAAAUGUAUCAGAAGAUAUACAUCUACAAUGUGUGCAAAAGUUACUUAUUUACAUGAUCUCUUACAUUUUAUACAUAUUAUUAUUCUAGUUAGCAUUGUGUCACAAUUGCUCUCAUUACAACAGUGUACAUAAAAGGUGUAUUGUACAGUUUUGCGAUGAAUAGAUUUUUUUUAUGCAGUGAGUUUAUGCUGAACUGACAACAGCUUUAGUGAUUAGAAAUGUGCCUUUUACUCCAUUUGCCGUUUUAUUCACAGUUUGAAGAAUGGUUCAUGUGACUUUUCUUGCAUGUUUUUUAAAUUAUUUAGGAGGCCUUUCUGCUGUUUAUCUGCUGGGAACACAUUCAUUUUUAUGUAAAUGUAAAUGUCACAAUUUUUGGAAAUGAACGAAAAAAAAGUCAAUUGGCCAGUGACUCAACCUUAAUAUUAGAAUAUGCGAAAAAAUUCCACUGAAGAGUAACUUUAAGGAAACUGAAGGACUCUGUUGAGGCGGAGGUCACACACCAAGAAGGAAAACUUUGUAAAGAUCAUAUUGCGCUUCUCUUUAUUUCAAUGCCUUUCUCAACAGUACAAACAGCAUUUUUAAAACAAAUUGAUGAUUAAUGAUGAAAUAUUGAUGUUAAGAAAAACCUCAAUUAUCUGAAAUUUGAAAUAAACAUCACACAAACAAUAAAUAAAUACUUUGUUGAUUUGG